UAUAUAUAUAGCUAGGUAGAGGAGAGAAAAAGAGAGAGAAAGCCUGAAAAGAAAAUAUAAAAAAAAUUAAAGUCAGAGAGAGAGGUAUGGAGAUGAAUAAUAAGUACUCACGCUCUCUCUUUCUUUCUUUCUUUCUUUUCAAGGCUACUUUAAUCAAUACAUAAGGAUAUGUAAACUUGAAAGAGUAAAGAGGAAACUGAGAAAAGUGUCUAGCUUAGCUAAAAGCAACCACCAAAGGUAUGCGGGUGUCACAACCUGAACUGGGUUUUCUUUGAAUUGUGUGAGAGAUUCCUGGAGCAAAGCUAGUUACUUACUUAAUUAAUCUUAAUUUAUUGCUUAUCUUGGGAUUUUCAAGCUUUUUCGAAAACAAUUAUAUCAUUAUAUAUGGAGUCUGCAAAUCUCCAUCACCAACAUCAUCAGCUCCAAGAGAAUCUUGUUGGGUCUUCUUCUUUAGCAGCUACCCCAUCUUGCUAUGCAGUUGGAACCAAGCAUGCUUGGACCCCUUCUGCCACUUUGAGCAGUAGUGUUAACUCAUCAAAUUCAGGCUUGGAUCCCCUCAACAGUUCCAUGGUACCAGACUUGGGCUUUCACUGGCUCACCAAUAUUACUAGUGAGCAUCAGUCUCCCCAUGACCUUGCUAAAAUUAAGGAAGAGCUCACUUCAUCAUCCUCCUCAGAUCAUCAUCACCAUCAUCAUAAUUCCUUCCCAAAAUUAACAGAAAUGCUGACCAGCGCCGCCGCGUCAGCUAGUAUAGAUCAUGAUCAGUAUUACCAAUGUAUGAAGAAUGAGGAAAAAGACCAAUUGAUCAUGAAUGACCUCAGUGAGAAGCUCUUGCUCAAGACUUUGUCUUCUGGCUGUCAACUCAAUAGUAUUAUCAAUCCUCAUCACCACCAAAUUUCAUCAGCUGGAGAGUUUUACUCAAAUGAUCAUCAUCAUCAUCUACUCCACAAUUCUAAUCUAAUUGGAGGCGUGCCGCCGGGGAUGCCUAGCAGAUCAGGAGGCCACUUCAGCCAAAUUUAUCCAAGCAUAAAUGUUUCCAACUUGAACCGGUCGUUGUCUUCGUCGUCAAUCUCAAGCUCUAGCUUGGACAUGAACUUGCAGGCCAUGGAUCUCUUAGGCGCUGCUGCAAGAUUUAGUACCGGGACUAGUAGUAGUUUUAGCACGCAGCCUAAUUCACAUGAUACCCUUGGCUUAUACAAGGAAACGCAUGAUUCGUUUGCUACUCUUCAACAGAUUCAUCAAUCAACUGACCCUCAUAGGCUAUCGUGCGGCAAUAAUAAUAAGAUAUCAUCUUUCGACAAUGAAAUAACAGAGGUGAAGCGACCCGGCAGUUCGAUCGAGCCAAAGGUAACUCAAGCAACUGCACCAAAGAAAUCGCGAUUGGAGUCGCGCACUGCAUGCCCACCCUUUAAGGUUAGGAAGGAGAAACUGGGAGAUAGAAUCGCAGCUCUUCAGCAAUUGGUGGCACCCUUUGGAAAGACAGACACAGCAUCCGUUCUGAUGGAGGCUAUCGGAUACAUCAAAUUCCUUCAAAACCAGGUCGAGACCCUAAGCGUCCCAUAUAUGAAGUCAUCACGCAACAAAUCCUGUAAAACAAUGCAAGGGGGUGUGACAGAGAUCAAUGGAAAUGGCGAAACAAAGCGAGAUCUUAGAAGUAGAGGAUUGUGCCUCGUUCCUUUAUCGUGCAUGUCUUAUGUGACAAGUGACGUUGGUGAGGGUGGAAGCAUUUGGCCAGCGCCUAACUUUGGGGGAGGGACUUAACAUUAAUGUUAUAUUUUACUUGAUCAUAUAAGUUAAGAGUAUUGGGCAAAUUAAAUACUGGCUUACUCUUCUAAGUCCAUACUAGUGAAAUCUUCGACCCCCUCCAAAGUUUAAUGGAGCAAAUUUGGUCAUCCUGUCAACAAUUCCAGAAUGGACCAAGUUUGAUCCAUUAACAAUUCAUGUGUACCAUUUAUAGAUCUUCUGGCACCUAGGGGACCUUCUUUCACGUAAUUUAUGUACUCAAUUUUUCGAUCAAUAAAAGUUUAACUAAGCAUUUUGAUUGUA